UUUCAAUUGCACAAUUGGCACGAGAAAACUGAGAGCUCCUCACAUGCAGGCGUGAGACCAUCAUUUAGAAACGGGGAAACUUCAGCAGCUGACUUCACACUACUCGAGACUGUCAUGGCGGCAACUGUCAAACGACUGAGAAAGACGCAUGGUCCGUGGCUGGUCGACGGGUAGAGUCGUCUGCUAUGUUGUAAUAGCGCGCAUAUACAGCUUAUAGUAAUUAUAUUGGGUUGGAAGAGUUGAGUAAUCGUAUUUACGAGUGAUUCACGCCAGCACGUGAGUAAAAUUAACGCUCAUUACCCCCGUUUUGUUCCCUCUCUGUAAAUUAGCAAUGGAGGCACCGCGAACGCCGAUGGACAAUCUCCUGAACAUGUUGGGAGGGUUUAGUCCGGGUCACGAGAAGGCACUCAAGCAGGGCUUCUACAAUGCCGUAGCUCUCUUUCUACUUUUCGCAGCCUCCGCUGCGUUCUACGGCCUCUAUUUCAUACUCAGUCCCUUUGUCAAGCCGCUGAUAUGGGCGCUGCUGUGCGGCUCUGUACUUUUUCCCUUCAAACUGCGACUCACGACCGCCGUACAGUCCUGGUUCGUUACUAUGGAGAGUUCCAACAAGCCAUUAAUAGUCAAUGUUGCUGUAAUUCCACUCCGGUUUUUCGACGACGUUUCUGAAAUCAUCGGCUCGCUGCUGAGGAAGUAUUUCACAUACAUCGGACCCGUUUUGGUUGGCAUUCCGACCCUCCUACUCAUCUAUAACUACACUCCGAGUUUUCUCACUUGCAUCAUUUGGAGGGAGUUCCAGAUCGCCAACACCAUAAUCAACUUCUUUGUUUCAACAUGCGGUUUACUGACGGUAACAACAAUUGUCAUCGGGUAUUUGUCCGUCCUCUACGUAUACUGGUCACCGGGAAAUUCUAUCCAAUUCCGCUACAUGUCGUUCGUUAUAUGGUUUGUUGUUAGCUUGUAUAUAUCAAACUUGAUCGGAGCGUACCAGGUGAUCGUCUUCGUCAUUCUGCAGCUGCUUUUCCUGUUGGGUUUCAUUUACGAAGUAGUUCUAGUUUUGGAGCGUCAGGGAAUGGAGGGAAGAAGAGUAACCUUCGUAGACGCUGCCCGCACAGUUUUCUCUAAUCAUCUCGUUAGUCAAAUACCACACGAUAGUUCUUCCAAAUCACUAACACCAGAAGAUGACGUAUGUAUGCUACCACGUUCGUCGGGCGAAGGAACGCCAAAAUUUUUCUCUGAGCUGGAAGAACAAAAAUUUGAAACCAGUAAAGAAUUGAAAACUCUGCCACCUCAGAGUAAGCUGUGCACCAAGUCAAUGUCUCUAGAUGCAGAUGUCGGAAUGUCACCUGAGCAUCUGCUCAAUCCGCAAACUUCAAAGUCAAUGGAAAAUAUGCGCGCAAGGUCAAUAGCUCAAGAGCGAAAUUUUUUAAAGAAGUUGAAAAUCGACUUCAAAUUGUCACUGGAUAUCGAAGACGAUACAGUGAACACGGAAUAUUACAUGUACUUUGCAUUAUACGCUUGCAUCGGGAUGCUUGUUUGGAAACAUAAAUGGAUGAUACAACUCUUAUCCCUGCCAAUUGCCUACUAUUUGAUCAAGCAAAUCGGAAGCUCCUGCGGGUUUUGGAAGUUUAUAGACAAACAGUACAGCGCUAUCGUCGACACUGUUGCUACCUGGUGCAACGAGAGACAUCAAGCAUUGGUCCCUGCGCAUGUCAGAGGCCUGUACAAAAUAGGAGUAAUCCUGAAUAAAAAAUUGACCGAAGUCUUGAAGGGGUCUGUAGACGCUGUAGCUACCACAGCUGUUAUCCUGGGAUUGCUCAUAUUCACUACCUGUGCCUCAAUUUUUAUCACCAUACAGGUUUAUGCUGAGGGUAUGCACCUGAUUCAAGUCACGGGCGAUGCUCUGAACUCUUCGCUAGUCAAUAACGCAGACAUAGACUGGGUGCCAGAGCAAUGGGAAGAUUCGGUUAACAGCGUGCUGGACAAUGCCUACACUUAUGGUCGCAGUGCGAUAUCGGAUGGUAUAAAAGGGCUCGUUAAGGACAUGGAACCGAUAAAGGCUGAAAUGAUGGAGAAAAAGGUUCUUGAGCUAUGGGACAGGCUUUACCAAGCUUGGAUGAUGUCAAACGCCGAUCCUGCAAUGGUUGGCCCUACAGUAGACGCUGAUGCCGCCUAUUCUGUAUGGGAAAGUUUUAAAGACAGCUUCGGAAAAGCGCCACUGCAAUUAUUCAACAUGACCAGCGUACAAAAUUUUGCCAAAGAAAACGUCGGGAUUCUAAUGUCACUUUUGGAUUCCGUUUGGGGCAUAGUCAAAGGAAACGUAUCCGUGAUAACGAGUGUUUUCACCGAGUUAUUGUAUGUUGUACUUAUGAGUGGCUCUGCAGUACUCAACUUCAUGCUCAGCAUGGUAGUGUUCUUCACAACACUAUUCUAUCUGCUGAGUUCUAGUGGAAAGACUUAUAAGCCAAUAGAACUGAUUACUGUGUUCAGCCCGAUAAGCUGCAAUAGCAUUCUCAGCAUUGGACGAUUCGCCAUUGCCCUGGAAGAAGCAGUGAUCGGCGUUUUCGCGGCAACGUUCAAGCUCGCAUCGUUCUUUGGAAUGUGGACAUGGUUUACGCACAAUCUAUUCCAAGUGAAAAUAGUUUACCUUCCAUCAGCGUUCGCAACUAUGCUAGGUGCAGUUCCUUUCCUGGAUGCAUACAUUGCUUGUGUUCCAGCAGCCAUGGAAUUGUGGUUUACUCGAGGAUCCAUGGUUGCCUUGGCCUUUUUCGUGUUCCAUUUUGCUCCGUUCAACAUCGUAGUCACAGAUUUUUACAAGGAGAUUAAGGGGGGCGGUCAUCCGUACUUGACCGGGCUUUCAAUAGCAGGUGGCGUCUUUUGCCUUGGGGUACAAGGUGCGAUAUUUGGUCCGCUGUUACUUUGCUGUAUAAUGGUGGCCAUAAAUCUGAGUCGACGAUAUCUCCACUCUCCGUCAGAAGAGGCUAUUUAUAAACUUAAAUCUCAAUUCAGUCAUUUGAAAGGGGGUGAUAUAUAGCGAUAUGCAUGAAAGAGCGUAACUGUCUCGCGUCUUUUUAUUUAGACCUAAGCGUUAAACGCUUCUCAUUUUCGCGGUAGAUAAAUGAAAAGUCAUCUACAGCGUGUAAAUGCAAUGAAAACGAAGGCAAGAAAACUUGAAGCAGCGAUGAAGACAUCUAGAAAAAGAGUAUAUCGUAUGUAUACUUCAAGGUUCUCUACAACUAGCAAUGACAAAACAUGUUACGCAUUCGCUAUUACAGCUUCUCUCAAAUCUAAUUGCCAAAUUGAAAGAUUGUUUAUUGUCGAUCGAAUAUUUACGUAAAUCUUGCUUCUGAACUUCGAUAAAAUUUUACAAGUGUACACGAAAUGGAACAAACGUUGUAAAAACAAAGAGAAAAAUUACGUGCUGGAAGCAAAAGUGAUAAUAAUAACGACGACGACGAUGAACGCGGGUACAUACCUAGUCUGUAUUUAAAGUACUAUCAGUAUAGUCAUUUUUAUGGUCUAAUAUUAACAUAGUGUAUGUAUUUUAUAUAGAAUAUAAAUAUUUAUUUUGCUAUGCUUUUUUGUUUACUAAACCAACUUCAUACUACUGUUACUGUUACUACUUUGAUAAGAAAAACAAAAUGAAAGGAAAAAAAAUUUGCUGUGCGA